UUCCAACGGCAUCAUUUCGCCUCACAGGGAGACGGUUGGUGAGGUAUCACCAACUACAACGACUCAUUUUUAACAAUUUGAGUCCAAAAAUUUAAUUUUUUGACUCUUCAGCUGAAAGAGGGGCAGCUCUGCCUCUGUGUUUCAUUUAAAAUUGCCUUGUAAAGUUAUCUUAUCACCGUUCCGGUUUUAAUCACGAUAGUUUUGGAUAUUAUCUAUCUAACACAUAGACACAUUCUCUCUCUGUCGUCAUAGCAACAUCUGAAGGGAGACAUUUUUCUCCUCAUUAUCUACAGUUUCUGGUUUGAAUCCAGCCUUAAAACAGACUCAUCUUCUGAGGAGAGCCGACUGACACCGCCAAGAUGGGGUAUGGACGGUCGGACAGCUACCGCGUGGCCACCACGCAGGACAAGGAUGAGAAGGAGUCGCCCAAGAAGAAGGGAGGCAAGGAUCUGGAUGACCUUAAAAAGGAAGUUCCCAUAACUGAACACAAAAUGUCUGUCGAGGAGGUUUGCCGGAAAUACAGCACUGAUAUCGUCCAGGGUUUGACUAAUGCCAAGGCAGCGGAGUACCUGGCCAGGGAUGGUCCCAACGCCCUGACCCCACCCCCCACCACCCCAGAGUGGGUCAAGUUCUGUCGCCAGCUGUUCGGUGGCUUCUCCAUCCUGCUGUGGAUCGGCGCCAUCCUCUGCUUUUUGGCCUACGCCAUCCAGGCUGCCACAGAGGACGAGCCUGCCGGAGAUAAUCUGUACCUGGGUAUCGUGCUGUCAGCUGUCGUCAUCAUCACCGGCUGCUUCUCCUACUUCCAGGAGGCCAAGAGCUCUAAGAUCAUGGAGUCCUUUAAGAACAUGGUUCCUCAGCAAGCCCUGGUGAUCCGUGAGGGAGAGAAGAUGCAGAUCAAUGCUGAGCAGGUGGUGGCAGGAGACCUGGUGGAGGUGAAGGGAGGAGACAGGAUCCCCGCUGACCUCCGCAUCAUCUCCUCCCACGGCUGCAAGGUGGACAACUCCUCCCUGACUGGUGAAUCAGAGCCCCAGACCAGGUCACCUGACUGUACCCAUGACAACCCACUGGAGACCCGUAACAUCGCCUUCUUCUCCACCAACUGUGUCGAGGGAACCGCUCGUGGUAUCGUUGUGUGCACCGGUGACCACACAGUGAUGGGCCGCAUCGCCACUCUCACCUCAGGCCUGGAGACUGGCAAGACUCCCAUUGCUAAGGAGAUUGAGCACUUCAUCCACAUCAUCACCGGUGUGGCCGUCUUCCUCGGCGUGUCCUUCUUCAUCCUGUCAAUCGUCCUUGGGUACAGCUGGUUGGAGGCCGUGAUCUUCCUCAUCGGUAUCAUUGUGGCCAAUGUGCCCGAGGGACUGCUGGCCACCGUCACUGUGUGUCUGACGCUGACUGCUAAACGAAUGGCUCGUAAAAACUGCCUGGUAAAGAACUUGGAGGCUGUGGAAACUCUCGGCUCCACCUCAACCAUCUGCUCGGACAAGACGGGCACUCUGACCCAGAACAGGAUGACUGUGGCCCACAUGUGGUUCGACAACCAGAUCCAUGAGGCCGACACCACUGAGGACCAGUCUGGCUCCUCCUUUGACAAAAGCUCCAUGACGUGGGUGUCUCUUGCCCGUGUUGCUGCUCUGUGUAACCGUGCUGUGUUCAAGGCUGCUCAGGAUACUCUGCCGAUCCUGAAGCGGGAUGUUGCCGGCGAUGCCUCUGAGUCCGCCCUGCUGAAGUGUAUCGAGCUGUCCUGUGGCUCCGUCAAAGCCAUGAGGGAAAAGAACAAGAAGGUGGCCGAGAUCCCCUUCAACUCCACCAACAAGUACCAGCUCUCAAUUCAUGAAGGCGAGGAUGAAAGCGAUAACCGCUACCUGCUGGUGAUGAAGGGAGCCCCAGAGAGGAUUCUGGACCGCUGCUCCACCAUCAUGGUGCAGGGCAAAGAGAACCCAAUGGACGACGAGCUGAAGGAGGCUUUCCAGAACGCCUACAUGGAGCUAGGAGGACUUGGAGAGAGAGUGCUGGGUUUCUGCCACCUGUUCAUGCCAGAGGAUAAGUAUCCCAAAGGUUUCGCUUUCGACACAGAUGACGUCAACUUCCAGACAGACAACCUUUGCUUUGUGGGCCUCAUGUCCAUGAUCGACCCUCCCCGCGCUGCUGUGCCCGACGCUGUAGGCAAAUGCCGCUCAGCUGGCAUCAAGGUCAUUAUGGUGACUGGUGACCACCCAAUCACAGCCAAGGCCAUUGCCAAGGGCGUGGGCAUCAUCUCUGAGGGUAAUGAGACGGUGGAAGACAUUGCUGCACGUCUCAACAUCCCCGUCAGCCAGGUCAACCCGAGGGAUGCCAAGGCCUGUGUGAUCCACGGUACGGACCUGAAAGACCUCACCCAGGAUCAGAUGGACGAUAUUUUGAGGAACCACACCGAGAUUGUCUUUGCCAGAACUUCCCCACAGCAGAAACUCAUCAUUGUAGAGGGCUGCCAGAGACAGGGUGCAAUCGUGGCCGUGACAGGUGACGGUGUGAACGACUCCCCUGCCCUGAAGAAGGCCGACAUCGGGGUUGCCAUGGGAAUCUCUGGCUCAGACGUGUCCAAACAGGCUGCAGACAUGAUCCUGCUGGAUGAUAACUUUGCCUCCAUCGUCACUGGAGUAGAAGAGGGCCGUUUGAUCUUUGACAACCUGAAGAAGUCCAUCGCAUACACUCUGACCAGCAACAUCCCAGAGAUCACCCCCUUCCUGUUCUUCAUCCUGGUCAACAUCCCUCUGCCUCUGGGCACCAUCACCAUCCUCUGCAUCGACCUGGGAACAGACAUGGUUCCAGCCAUCUCUCUCGCCUAUGAAGCAGCAGAGAGUGACAUCAUGAAGCGUCAGCCCAGGAACCCACAGAGGGACAAGCUUGUCAACGAGAGGCUCAUCAGCAUCGCCUACGGACAAAUCGGUAUGAUCCAAGCUCUCGGAGGCUUCUUCGCCUAUUUUGUCAUCAUGGCUGAAAACGGUUUCCUGCCGUCGGUUCUCGUCGGCAUUCGGCUGAACUGGGACGAUCGCUCCACCAAUGAUCUGGAGGACAGCUACGGCCAGCAAUGGACCUACGAGCAGCGUAAGAUCGUGGAGUUCACGUGCCACACGGCCUUCUUUGUCAGUAUCGUGGUGGUGCAGUGGGCAGAUGUCAUCAUCUGUAAGACCAGACGUAACUCUGUGUUCCAGCAAGGCAUGAAGAAUAAGAUUUUGAUCUUCGGCCUGUUUGAGGAAACGGCUCUGGCUGCUUUCUUGUCUUACACCCCGGGCAUGGACCUGGCACUACGGAUGUAUCCACUCAAGCCCAGCUGGUGGUUCUGUGCGUUCCCGUACAGUUUCCUCAUCUUUGUUUACGAUGAGAUCCGAAAACUCAUCCUGCGCCGAAACCCAGGAGGAUGGGUGGAAAAAGAAACAUACUAUUAAAUGAUCAAAUCAUCAUUAACCUCUCAUCCUCCCUUCUCUCUCUCUCCUCCCUCCCUUCUCUCCUGUCACACCACUCUCAAACUUUACAAGACAACUGUUUACGUCUCUUCUUCACUCUCUCAUCCUCAUCUCCCAAAGAAACAAAAAAAUCAAACGCCAAGAAAGACGGCGAGUGGACCAAAGACAGAGGAGGAGGAGGGAAGGGGGAGUGAUGAGUUUAUAAAUCCUCCCCGUCCUCUCUCUUCCUCUGUCCUCUUUUUUCUAUCUAAAGUAUUUACAGCUUUAGUCUGCCAGUGCUCAAACUACACCACCGUGUAGUUCUGAUAAAGAUUACAGUCACCAAAUUAAAGACAAAAACGUGACUGUUCCAGUGGGAUCACUCGCCCCGAGCAGAACAACAACAUGGCAGCUCCCGUCUAGACUACCAAAACUAGCAUGUGGCUCCAAGUGGACCAACAGCAUCCAGCUCUUUGAUCACUGCCAUUUCCUACCAUCCACCUGCUGCGACUGAGCUUCUCUCUCUUUUUCUAUUUCAACUCACUGCCAAUCUUCUACUGCCGCUCGCUCUGUCUCCUCCUCUUCUCCCACCUUCUCUGUCAAUAAAGAAUCUCACCUUUAAACUUAAGCACUCACAAAAUGUCCCCUCCCCCCUCCCUCCUCCCUCCCACCUCCCCUCCUCCCUCUCUCGUGUUAUUUUCUGCUUGUGUUGUUGUUUUCUAAAAGACGACUGGGUGUUUUUUAAGAGACAAAAUUGUCUUUAAAGUUUUUUUCUUUCUUCUUUUUUAAAGUCCAGCGGGGGUCUAAGAGCUGCUUGUUUUCAUUCAGACAUGACAAAGCACACCGUCUCUCCCUCCUCUUCCUCUCCUCUCAAAUUCCCCCUCCUCCCCCUGCCUGUCGAUCUGUCCGUUCGUCUGUUUGUGAACACCGUGCAAACCCUCCGUCCUCCUAAACCUCUUCCCACCUUCACUACCUGCCUCCUCUUAUUCUCCCUACUCCCCUCCCUCCCCGUAACCUCCCCCCCCCCCAACCCCACCCAAACUCACCCCUGUGAAAAAAAUACAA